CUCGUCUCUAGAGAGGCAGAGCGCGUCGCUGCGACUUUGGAGACGGUUUUUUUUGGGGGGGGGAUGAAAGACCUGUGCAGCCGCUGCUGAGGAAGAGACGCAGGAGCGCAGGAGUUUUAUCCCAAGUUCACUGCAGCUUGCUCUCAGGGAAACAUCCCUGGGGACACACACAUACUUACAAGCAAGAGCACACACACACACACACACACUAUCACACAACAGACACCAUGCAGGAGUCAGAGCCUACAGUGUGCCAGCUGCAGCCCAACAUCAUCUCAGUGCGCCUUUUCAAGAGGAAGGUUGGUGGUCUGGGCUUUCUGGUGAAGCAGAGGGUGUCCAAGCCGCCUGUCAUCGUGUCUGACCUCAUCCGUGGCGGCGCAGCAGAGGAGUGCGGCCUGGUACAGGUGGGCGACAUUGUCCUGGCUGUCAACAACAAGCCCCUGGUGGACCUGUCCUACGAACGGGCCCUGGAGACACUGAAGAAUGUGUCACCCGAGAGCCACGCCGUGCUGAUUCUCCGUGGGCCUGAGGGCUUCACCACCCACCUGGAGACCACCCUGUCUGGAGAUGGCCGCCAACGCACAGUGAGGGUCACUCGCCCUGCCUUCCCGCCCUCGAAGUCCUACGAGCACUGCUCCCCUCUCAGCCCGUUCAGCCCAGGGCAGCAGCAACAGCAGCAGCAGCAGGUCAACAAGGAGCCCCAGCUCAGGGCCAUUGAGAACCUGUCCUCUCCGUCCAUCACCCAGUCCCUCCUGCAGAGGGGAGGCGUGCAGGCCCAGGACCCCCUGCUGAUGAGGGACGGCGGCCGCGGGGCUCUCCUGUGCAACGGGCUGGAGGAGAACAACGAGCUGCUGAAGGAGAUCGAACCAGUGCUGCGCCUCAUCAAAAACAGCAAAAGGGAGAUCAAUGGUGAAGGCCAGAGGAAUGCGGGGAGAAGGGACGCUGGGAUUCAAGUGGCCUGGGACCUUGGCGUGGGAAAUGGCACGUCUCCCCAGCUGUCGUCAGAUAACAACAGAAUGCUGGAAAACAUGCCGGUGGUGCUCAACAACGCUGACACUGACAAGCCUCCGGCCGAGGGCAGGGCAUCGCCCACCAAGUCACUGCAGAACGGCAGCCCCUCCAAAUGUCCCCGCUUCCUGAAGAUCAAGAACUGGGAGACUGGCACGAUCUACAAUGACACACUCCACCACAGCUCCGGCAAGAUGCCAAUCUGCACUGAAAACGUGUGCACUGGCUCUGUGAUGAUGCCCAACCUGCACGCCCGCAAACCAGAUGAGGUCAGAAGCAAAGAAGAGCUUCUUCCUCUGGCCACUGACUUCAUUGACCAGUACUACACCUCCAUCAAAAGGUAUGGCUCCAAGGCCCACGUGGACAGGCUGGAGGAGGUGACCAAGGAGAUCGAAGCUUCAGGAACUUACCAGCUGAAAGACACUGAACUGAUUUAUGGAGCCAAGCACGCCUGGAGGAACGCUGCCCGAUGUGUCGGGAGGAUCCAGUGGUCCAAACUACAGGUUUUUGAUGCUAGAGACUGCACAACGGCUCAUGGAAUGUACAACUACAUCUGUAACCACAUCAAGUACGCCACCAACAAAGGCAACCUUAGGUCGGCCAUCACCAUAUUCCCUCAGAAGACAGAUGGCAAACAUGACUAUCGAGUGUGGAACACUCAGCUGAUUCGUUAUGCGGGCUACAAGCAGCCUGAUGGAAAGAUCCUGGGAGACCCUGCUAAUGUUGAAUUUACCGAGAUCUGCAUGCAGCUGGGAUGGAAAGCUCCAAAGGGCCGCUUUGACGUCCUGCCCCUCCUUCUGCAAGCCAACGGAAAUGACCCCGAGCUGUUUGAGAUCCCCGAAGACCUCAUCCUGGAGGUGCCCAUCACGCACCCAAAGUACGAGUGGUUCAAGGACCUGGAACUGAAGUGGUACGGCCUCCCGGCAGUCUCCAACAUGCUGCUGGAGGUCGGCGGCUUGGAGUUCACUGGCUGCCCCUUCAGCGGCUGGUACAUGGGCACAGAGAUUGGCGUGAGGGACUUCUGCGACAGCUCACGCUACAACAUUCUGGAGGACGUUGCUAACAGGAUGGCCUUAGACACCAGGAAGACUUCCUCCCUUUGGAAAGACCAGGCACUGGUGGAGAUCAACAUUGCUGUUCUCUACAGCUUCCAGUCUUGCAAAGUGACCAUAGUAGACCAUCACUCAGCCACGGAGUCCUUCAUGAAGCACAUGGAGAAUGAGUACCGGGUGCGAGGCGGCUGUCCUGGAGACUGGGUGUGGAUUGUGCCCCCCAUGUCAGGAAGCAUCACACCGGUUUUCCACCAAGAAAUGCUCAACUACCGCCUCACCCCUUCCUUUGAGUACCAGCUUGAUCCCUGGCAUACCCACGUGUGGAAAGGAGUCAAUGGGACGCCCACAAAGAAGAGAGCCAUCGGAUUCAAGAAGCUUGCCAAGGCUGUGAAGUUUUCAGCCAAGCUCAUGGGCCAGGCCAUGGCCAAGAGGGUGAAAGCCACCAUACUGUUCGCCACGGAGACGGGCAAAUCGCAAGAUUAUGCCAAAACUCUCUGUGAAAUCUUCAAGCACGCGUUUGACGCAAAGGUCACUUCAAUGGACGAAUAUGAUGUGGUGGACCUGGAGCAUGAGACGCUGGUGCUGGUGGUGACCAGCACGUUCGGUAACGGAGAUCCACCUGAAAAUGGAGAGAAAUUUGGAGCUGCCUUAAUGGAGAUGCGCCACCCAACGUCCAACACAGAAGACAGGAAGAGCUACAAGGUCCGUUUCAACAGCGUGUCCUCCUAUUCUGACACUCGCAAGUCCUCCAGCGACGAGCCAGAAGCCAAGAUUAACUUCGAGAGCACGGGACCUCUUGCCAACGUCAGACCAACAAACAAACCAACCAAAACGAAAAAAUUGAGGUUCUCAGUGUUUGGCCUUGGCUCCAGGGCCUACCCACACUUCUGCGCCUUUGCCCACGCUGUGGACACGCUGUUUGAAGAGCUGGGGGGGGAGCGCAUCCUACGCAUGGGAGAAGGAGAUGAGCUGUGUGGCCAGGAGGAGUCAUUCAGAACCUGGGCCAAGAAGGUUUUUAAGGCUGCCUGUGACGUGUUCUGUGUCGGCGAUGAUGUGAACAUCGAGAAGGCCAACGACUCCUUGAUCAGCAACGACCGCAGCUGGAAGAAGAGCAAGUUCCGCCUGACGUACACAGCCGAGGCCCCGGCCCUCACAGAAGCUUUGUACAAUAUUCACAAGAAGAAGGUUUAUGGAGCGAAGAUGCUUGAAUCUCAAAACUUACAAACUUCCAAAUCCAAUCGCUCCACCAUAUUCGUGCGGCUCCACACAAACAACCAUGACAGAUUGAGCUACCAGCCCGGAGACCAUCUGGGCAUCUUCCCUGGCAACCACGAGGACCUGGUGACCGCUCUCAUAGAUAAACUGGAGGAUGCUCCACCUGUCAAUCAAAUUGUCAAAGUGGAGUUCCUGGAGGAGAGAAACACUGCUCUGGGUGUCAUCAGUAACUGGACAAACGAGACUCGCAUCCCUCCCUGCACCAUCUACCAGGCCUUCCAGUACUUCCUGGACAUCACCACCCCACCGAGUCCCGUGCUGCUGCAGCAGUUUGCAGCUCUGGCAACCAACGACAAACAGAAGAAGAAACUAGAGAUCCUCAGUAAGGGCUUGCAGGAGUAUGAGGAGUGGAAGUGGUACAACAAUCCCACACUGGUGGAGGUGCUGGAGGAGUUCCCCUCCAUCCAAAUGCCCUCCACUCUGCUGCUCACCCAGCUGCCCCUGCUGCAGCCUCGCUACUACUCUAUCAGCUCCUCUCCAGACCUGCACCCAGGGGAGAUCCACCUCACCGUCGCUGUGGUCUCCUACCGUGCCAGAGAUGGAGGGGGACCCAUCCACCAUGGAGUGUGUUCUUCAUGGCUCAACAGGAUAGAGAAGGGGGAGAUGGUGCCGUGCUUUGUCCGCGGUGCACCGUCAUUCCAGCUUCCCAAAGACAACCAAGCACCGUGUAUCCUGGUGGGCCCAGGAACAGGUAUCGCCCCAUUCAGAAGCUUCUGGCAACAGAGACUGUAUGACCUUGAACACAAAGGAAUUGAGUCGUGCCCCAUGAUCCUGGUGUUUGGUUGUCGGCAGUCUGAGGUGGACCACAUCUACAAGGAGGAGACCAUCCAGGCCAAGAACAAAGAGGUGUUCAAGGAGCUCUACACGGCGUAUUCCAGAGAGCCCGGCAAACCAAAGAAAUAUGUACAGGAUGCACUGCGCGAGCAGCUGUCAGAGACGGUGUACCAGUGCCUGAGGGAGGAGGGAGGACACAUCUACGUGUGUGGGGAUGUCACUAUGGCCGGGGACGUUCUCAAGACUGUCCAGCAAAUCAUCAAGCAGCAGGGCAGCAUGAGCCUGGAAGAUGCUGGCUUCUUCAUCAGCAAGCUUCGGGAUGAGAACCGCUACCACGAGGACAUCUUUGGUGUCACCCUGCGCACCUACGAGGUCACCAACCGGCUGCGUUCCGAGUCCAUCGCCUACAUCGAGGAAAGCAAAAAGGACCCAGACGAGGUUUUCUGCUCAUAGGUCUAUGAAUCUGGGGCUUUCUGACGACAGCCAGCCAAGAGGACGCGGCAACGCUGGCUCAAGAAUACUGUGCCAAUUUUUGUACUGUACAAACAAAACAAACAAAAAAUAGGUGGGGGGUUUCUUUCUUUUUUUAUACCACUUAAAUGUUUCUGUUGGGCUCUGCGAUUUUGUCUGUAGCAAGUUGGAAAUGUUCUGUUCUCUGAGAAUCUGUUUUGCUUGUUGAUGAUACUUCCAAAAAUUAUAAAUUGAUCAUUUUGAUUCAUAAUGUGUGCACCUAGUGUAAUGACCUGCCUCAUUGUGAAUGCAUGACCAAGACAAGAAUAUACUCAAGAAAUAUAAUAUACUCUGUGUUAUUGUUACAGUUAAAAGGCUUUUAUUGAGGUUUUGUAUUUACUUGGAAAAAGGGUGAUAAACUCAAAGGCGCCUCUGAGGCAUGAAAGACGUCAGCUUUAUUUUUCAGGAGAGAAUCGGUACUGGUCGAAUCUGUUCGGGCUGUUUUUAUUUCAGGCAAAGUUUGAAAGGGAGAGAGAAGUGAAAGCUGUACAGGCAUGCAGACAGAAAACCUGGAAGACAAUGUUGGCGUGCUGACAGUUCGCCCUGAAUUAUGUAAACAGCGAUUCUGUCACAGCCUCGACAAACAUAUUAUCUAGCUCUUCACUGGCGGUCCAUUAAAACGCAUCAGCCUCUGCGCCAGCUGUCUUUUUAGUGGCUUGUCCAUUCUCUCAUAACAUCAUGAUGCUGUGUCCCGGCCGGUCCAACCCACACCACGUAUUAAAAUAAACAAAUUCUAAAAACGUCUUGAAACUUCUUCAGGUCUUUCAGAUUUUGAAAUAUCUAAAUGUUGAUGUGUUGACUGUAAUGUGGUGGAGGGAAAUAUUUUGUGAAUGAUUAUUUGAACGAUUGAUUGACGUUUGGGGAAUCACGCUUGUUCUCCUUCCUGCCGAGAGUUAGAAAAUAUCUGCGCCGCCCUCAUGUCUGUACGGUAAAUGUGGGGCUUUCACGCAGGCCCAAGUUUGCCUGAAAGCGGCCUUAGCUUAGCAUAAAAACUGGAAAUGAGGAAAAUACCUCCCUGCCAGCACCCUAAAUAUUAACAUGGCAUGUCUUGUUUGUUUAAGGCACACAAAAACCAAAGUGCAAAAUGUGCUGGACUUGUUCUUGGCUAAAUCCACAAUUUGUAAUUUUUACACUCACACUUUGUUACCUUUGGAGAGAGUAAAGCUCUAACUGUUGCCCCCAUUUCCAGCCUUUAAGCCAGACUAAGCUAAAGCUUCAUAUUUACCACAUGAACAUGAUCAAACUUCUUUCAGUCAAUCUUAAGGUGUACUCUAAGAAAGCAAACAGGCUUUGUCUUUAAUUAACUGGCAAACUAUCCCUUUAAAAAAGAAGCAUCUCGCCAACAAAACAUUGUUAAGGAAGCCAAUGGAUCUGAUUUAGCAGAUCAUAUCAGACAGCUGUCAACUUGGCACCGACUGUCACCCAUUGAGCUUUCAAAAUUAGCAUUUAUCGGCAUUGUGACUCCUCCGCCUCUUGCCUUACAUUAACUCUCUGCCUCUGCCUACAUGCAGCACAUUCAUCUUUUCUUUUCUCUCCCUGCAUGAUAUUGUGCAACCCUGCGGCUCACACGCCACCCCUUCACUGUGACCUGACACCUGCUCAGUAGCAUCAGCAUGCGUGUGUGUGCGUGUGUGUGCGCGUGUGUGUGUGUGGGUGGGUGUAGGUGUGUGCGAGUGCCAUAGAAACCAUCACGACUGUGUGCAUCUCUAUGCGAAUGGGUGUUAAACAUGCAUGUGCUCAGGUGUGUGUUUUUACAUGGUUAUUCUGCUUGUCGUCUGUUACCUCGUCAAACUGGUCAGAUUUUAAAAUAAGCAUGAAUUUGUUGCUCUGUGAGUCACACAAGCCUGCAAAUUGAAUCUUACAGAUGGUGUUUUGGUAACAGGAAACUGCCCACAUGGCUUUUAGUUUUGAUCUCAGCAGUUCAGUUCUAUUGUUUUAAGUUCCAGUGAAGUUUUCAUUCAGGGACAAGAGGCAAUCUCGCUGCCGCUGUGGUCAUUUGCUGCUUUCCAAUGAGUCAGGGUUGUAAUUUGAAUAUAUUUGUGCAGGGGCCACAUUGUUUAUUGAUCACCCACUCUGCAGUAACCUGUGGCUUUUCUUGUCAGCUUCUUAGUCUUGUUUGUUCCCUUUCUUUGUCUUUGAUUCAAGUUAAAUAUAGCUGUCAGCAUGAUUAACAGAUUUCUGUGUGGUUUUCAAAUGUCCCCAACAGCUGCUGAGAAUAUAUUUGGUUUGUUUUUUUUUUUCUUUUCAAUUUUUUGGCUUUUUUUCUGAGUCAACUAUUUUUACUGCUGGGUGAAAAUGGGUGAGUCCCAUUGCCCCCACUGUUGUUCAUUCUGGAUGAAUGUCUCCUCUGUACAAUUUGUUUAAACAGAUUUCGUUGAAUUGGAAUGAGAGCUGUCAAGAAAAUGUCUGUGAUGUAAAAUGUGCAACAGGAAAUCAAUUGAUACAAGAUAUAGCUUCUAUAUAUAGCUUCUAUAUAUAUAUAUAUAUAUAUUCAAAGACAAAGUAUAAAAUAUAAAGAGUAUCACUUCAAUCUUUUCUAAGAAUGUAUUUUGAUUAUGUAAAUGAGCACUAUGAUUCUGCUUGAUUUAAAAACAACAAAAAAAGGCAUAUUCUAUGGUGUCUCUCAUAUCCUUUAGGUAUGGGGCUAAAACAGCAGCACUAAAUAAAUGCAUGGUGAUCUUCUGUCUCAUAUUAAAAAAAAGCUCUCUCUAUUUACCAGCACUGUGUCAGUCAGUGAGACUGUAUUGUGAAGUUAUCCGGCCUUUCUCGCAGGGCUUUGGAUGGUUUAAAAAAAAAAAAAAGAAAAAAAAACAUUCUUGAGGGGUUUCUUUUUCUGUGUUUGCAUAUCGCUGCUGCUAUCAACAACUCUGAUCCAAUCAGCCUCUGCUAUAAUGACCUUUGUUGUGUAAUCGAUUGAGGAUAUUCCAUUUUAAUGCAUCAACUGCAAGGACUUUGCAUUUACUAACAAAUAAAGAGAAACAUUUACAGAAUAUGUCAACA